AUGAGGUUCCGUAGCUGCGACUCGGAACCGGAACCGGAAUGCUACCGCACUGACAACGGACACGCAGUGUACACCGGGAGAAAGAUGACGACGUCAUCAGGGAUCACGUGCCAGCGAUUCGACCAACAGACGCCUCACAUUCACUUCUUCCUGGUUCCUUCCCGCUUUAACGUCGCCUCGCUCUCAGACGUGGAAAACUUCUGCCGCGACCCUGACACCGAGGGAGUCCCCUGGUGUUACACGGUGGAUCCCUCCAUCAGAUUCACGUCAUGUGGAAUUCCAUUCUGCCAAUAA